AUGAAUUAUGACGAUGCAGCACAGCAACAACAACAACAUUUUUAUAUGCAACAAAGGAUGAGAUCACAGCAACAACAUCAACGAAUGCCAGGAGGUCAGCAACAACCACCACAACAUCCGCAACAACAGAUGAGACAAUCUUUUAAUAUGGUUCAUCAACCGCAACAUGUAAUGGUUCGAAUGCAGGGUAUGGGAGGUGAUGAUCCUAAUGGACAACAACAACAUUAUCAGCAUCUUAAUUAUAGAGAUUUGUUCCAUAAUCUCCCACCAAGUAUGCAGAACCAGAUUAUGAGUGAAACUAAUCAAGAACGUAAAAAACUAUUACUUCACGAAGCGGUUAAACAACAGCAACAUUUAUUUGAACAACAAAUGCAACAACAAGGAGGAAUGGGAGUGCGAAUGCCUAUGAAUGUUGUUCAAUCUCAACGCUUGCCAAUUACGCAAGCAGGAGGAGCGGUUUAUUCUGGUCAACAAGUUGUGAUGCAACAACCAGGGCACAUUCAACGAAUAGCUAGCCAAGGAUCUUUUGGUCAAUCACCAGGACAACCUUCACAAAUGUAUAUGCCUACAACAAUGGGGGGACAAACAGUUCGUGGGGGUGCUGCUAUGCAUCCAAUGCCUAUUAAUCAGCCUUAUUUACAGCAACAAUUUCAACAUCAAUCUCAGCAACAAUCAGCAGCCCAUCAAAUGCAAAGAGGACAACAUAUUCCUGUAGCUCCAGUAAUUUCUUCACAACAACACAAUCAAAUAACUCCUUCCAAUUCGGUUGAAUCAAAUGUUGGAGGAUUUGGAAUUCAAAGCGGGAAGACUUCUCAGCAGCUUAUUCAACAUCUUGAUCCUGGGAGUCAUCCAUCCAUAAAAUCAGAAGAUCAAUCUCCAAAUCCUGUAGUAGUCGAUAAUUUGACUGGAGCUCGUUUACGUAUAUUUUUUUUAAUGAGAUAA